CCCCCCAUUAAACCCUCUCUGGGGGUGCGCAAUGCACACGGCUCUUGCCGGGCUCCUGUUUGGAAAGGGAGAGAGGCGUGAGCUGGGUGCAAUGGGCUUGCCAAGGGUUAAACGGAACAGAGCUGGGUUCCUAGAGAGGACAGGCAAUAAAAGAGCGGGGGGGGGAAUCAGGUCCUCCAGAACCAAAGCUCCCCCCUGCGUCCCUUCCUGCCAGAGGAGAGAGGCUGCAUUCUGGGAUGCGGUGAGUCUCAUCUCUUCAGUCUUAGGGCGCGCUGGGGAGAAGGGGGGGGGGUCCCGGGGCUGCAUGGGAGGAUGCAGGGGGGUCCUGCUCAGCUCGUGCAUGGGGGCGACCCCCAAGUGAGGGAGCAAAGGGACCUGCCCCCUUCCUCUCUGCUAAGCCACCUAGGGGGUAGUUCGUGGGUGGUCUGCAAUUGUGUCCUCUUUUGGACUCUCCCUUUCGGGAGAAAAAAAAGAGGAAUGGCAAUAAACCCCAUUCAGACUGAGGAACGAGUCCCAUUUAUUAACAGAGAUUGUAGCCGUACAAAGCAAUUGGACCUAAAAUAAAAACGAAACCCUGGAUUACGCAGUAAAUGCACAGAGUGCGUUGAAAGGGGGGGGGGCAGAGAAAAGAACGUGCUUCUUCCUGCAGUGCAGAGAGAAAACUCCGGAACUCCCUCCCGCAGGAGGCAAGAAGGCCGCCAGCCUUUCACGGGAGAAUGAGGCCAAAGCACAGAGGAGGAGGAGGAGAGGGUGAUGCGUGGAUCCUGGCCACGUGGGCUGUGCUCUGACCCCACCGUUGGAGGAGUAAGACGGUUUAAGCAUUUAACACCAGCCCUGGCCUGACUUCACCGGCUGCCAGUUACUUUCCAGGCCCAAUUCAAAGUGCUCUUUUCAUCUUCCCAUGAAGGACGGUGCUGUAUACAUAUUUAACUUGUUUCCCAUCUUCUGGUAAGUGCAGGUGCAGAGAGGGGCUCUUGCGCCCCAGUCCUGCUGGGGGGCUUCCCAUUGAUGGCCCUGUGAGAACGGGAGAGGGGGGAGAGACUCCAGAGGAGGCCCCACUGGCCUGAUCCUGCAGGGCUCUUCUCCUGCUCUGGUGCUGAGCUCCUCCAGAUGCAACAGACUCCUCAGUUGUCUUUCACUUGGAAGUAAAGCUCCCCCCCCCCCCCGCCCCAUAUGAAUCAGACAAGGUUGCUAUUCAGACUCCCGGCUGAUAAACCUGCUCCAGCUCAGGCAUGCAAGCCUUCAGACAGGGGUCAGCAAACUUUUUCAGCAGAGGGCCGGUCCACAUUCCCUCAGACCUUGUGGGGGGCCAGACUAUAUUUUUUUCGGGGGGUGGCGGGAAAUGAACGAAUUCCUAUUCCCCACAAAUAACCCAGAGAUGCAUUUUAAAUAAAAGGACAUAUUCUACUCAUGUAAAAGCACAAUGAUUUCUGGAAUGUCCGCAGGCCAGAUUUAGAAGGUGAUUGGGCCAGAUUUGGGCCCUGGCCUUAGUUUGCCUACCCUGCCUUCAGAGGAUCUUUGGAGACUGAAGAGGAAGCCCUGUGGAAAAGCACUGCAGGUCUUCCCAUCCGAGGCAGCAGAGGCCUUGGUGAAAAGGAAGCAAAUCUGUGCUGUGGGAGGGGGUGAAAAAGUCAGCCCCCCCCCCAGUGGUUAGAGUUGCUGGGAGACCCUCUCCCCACAGCCUAUGCACCUGUCCUAGUUCCCUGGCAAGAAGGAAGGAUUGUUAAACUCUCUCUCUCUCUCUCUCUCUCUCUCUCUGUGUGUGUGUGUGUCCUAGCAAAUCUCAGAAUCCUUAACAAACUACUGUUCCCACUAUCACAUGGACGAAGCCGUGGCUCUUUAAAAUGUUCUGGACAGUGUGGACAGGGCCUGGGUGCAUGUGUUGCCUUUUUUUUGUUUUUAGAAUAACUUUUUACAGAAUUAAAUAAACAAGGAUCAUGAUACAAAGAAAUAGAUGGAGUCUUCUCAUGUCCUUUGUAUAUUAGAAAAAUAUCACAACAAUUUUUCAGGAACAUCUACAUUGUGUGGUUCAUUUUUAGUGGUCAGUGUAUGCGGUAGGUUUUUGGUUCAUGAAUUGGUUUAAAGAGAAAAAGGGGGAGCAGGAUAGAGCAGAGUAAACAGAGAACAGCCAACACCGCAGAGCCAAGUCAGCAGCCCUUGUGGUUGUGCAAUAGUUAUUUUUCCUCUUAUGUCACCUAUGAAACCAUAUAAAGUAUUGGUCUGUUAAUGACCAUGGGAGUCAGCUUCAAAGUGAACAAAGUAAUUCAUGUGUGAAUUUAAAUUUAGAUCAACCAGGUUGAGCCAAAUGCUGAUGGUGUGUGUGUUCUGGGGGCUUCUUUUCUUCAACAGUCCCCCCCCCCCCGGCUUUCCUCAGGUUCUUUUGUUGGGGGACCUAAGUGAAGACCUCCUUGAACUGGGACCGGAAAUGAAGGGACAACCAAUGCAGCUGUUUUGAAACAGGAAUUAAAUUUGUUCUCAAGGGUCGUUGUGGGGAUUCAGUGAGGAGGGGUAGACCCACGGAUGCCACCUUGAGAUCCCUGGAGAAAAGGGGGGGAAUAGAAAUGCCAUAAGUAAAGAGAGGGAAUCCAGCCCAUAAUCUGGCUGUUGCAUUUUGCACCACUUUCUAAGUCAAAUUCAAGGGUAGCUCCACAUAGAGGGCAUUGCAAUAAUCCCAUAGGACUAGCUGCAAGCAGAUAUGGCUGUGUGAGGGUUAAACAAUGUCACAUUAUUAUUGCUAUUGUUAUUGUUAUUUACCUGCCUUCACCCUAAGUUCCCAGGACAGAUGACAUAAAAACACAACAUUAAAAACAUCUUUUAAAAACUAACAAUCACAAAAGAAGGUGAGUCCUACUUACUUUUGAUAGCUGUCUUUUGAGCCUACCCACAUGAACUUUGGCCCCUCCCACUUGGCCCUACAUCUGGGGAGGGGGGUUGGGAUCAGGAUCUGGCCCUCAGAACAAAUAAAAAGUGGCCCACCUCAGGGGUAUGGAUUGAGAGCGCUGGAGAGUCUAGGUGCUAGAAAAUGAGACAAACGUGCCCUGAAGUUGGGUUGGCAGGAGAGCAGCUCUUGAAGACCCGGGAGGAGGAACCCAGCUGUAGCCAAGAGCCACUUUCUAAAGCGCUUACACAUGGAGGACGAAGCAGGCUUUUUUCCUCUUGCUUUCAGUGGGAGGAUCCGAACUAAUGGCUUCAAGUUCUUGGUUGCAAGAAGGGAGAGUCUGAAUCUUGGAGAUUGUUCUGAUGCUAAGAGCUGAUUGACAGUGGAAGGGACUCCCUCAGAAUGUGGUGGACUUUCCUUCAUUGGUGGUUCUUAAGCAGAGGCUGGAUGGCCAUCUGCCAAAGAUGAGACUCCUAUAUUGCAGGGACUUGGGCCAGAUGACACUCAGGGCCCCUUCCAACUCGACAAUUCUAUGAUUCUUUAAAUCAGUCAUUGCAUUUUUAUUUCUAUGUUUAUUGUUGAAGACUAAAAUAGGCUUCAUCAAAAUACACAGUAAAAGAAUUCCAUUAAGAUGUUAAGCAUCCAUAAUUGAAAUGUCCAGCAAAACAACCCAUUAAAGGGACACAGCAAUUAAUAGGUAGAAAAGAAAAGAACAAUGUGUUUUCAGUAAUAUUAUCUAAGAGGACCUUUCCCAUUUUCUUUCAGGGUAAUGUGUGCUUUGAAGCUGUAGCUGUGCGUUUCAUGGAUUAGGAGUGAGCGUUGCUGGAUCCUGACCAGAGAGCUCUGCAUAAGGACAUCAUGGAGGAGAAUCAUGGGAUCAUGGACUCUCUUGGUAAGGCUCCCUGUGGGACCAUAAUAUACGUAUUGAAAUUCCAUAAUACUGUAUCUCUAUGUGACAAAUGUCCCAGAUUUGGAUGGCACUCAACAGCGCCACCUAGAGCACCUAGGAUUCUAACACCCCUAAAGCUCACCUUGAAUCAAGCGGUAUUGACUGUUUGGUCUGUGAAGAUUCUUCCUCCAGUUAUGCCUUUGUAAACUAUGAUCAGGCUGGUCUGAAGUUCCCAGGCCUUUUUAAAUGUAGUCUUCAGAGUUGUUAGGGAAGUGGAUGUAGAUUCUGUCAGGUUUUGUGUUUUUGUUUCUGCUUCUGUCUGUUUUUGGUUGACCAAGGAGGUGACUGACCAAGGUGGAGCAGAUACUAUGAUUGCCCCAAACAAUAUUCAUCCCAGAAAAGAGCCAGGUUUUUUUGGAUCUCCUGUUCCCAUAAAUAUGUUUGUGAAGGUAGUAAGUGCUCACAUUUAACUCCCCUUAGUUCAUCCUCUAUCACAAGUGGUCUUUAGCAUUGUUCAAUAAUUGGUGGUCCAUUUCUUCCUGAGGCGCUAAUCUGCUUCUGUCUUUGUUUCAGGUGGUGAUGAAUUAGAAGAACGAGGGAGACCACAACAAAAUCCACACAUUGGAGAAGCCAUAUCAAUUCAUACAGGGGAUAAACCAUAUCAGUGCCUUGAAUGUGGCAAGAGCUUCAGUGAGAGAGCCCAUCUCAGGGCCCAUCAAAGAAUUCAUACAGAGGAUAAACCAUAUAAGUGCCUGGAAUGUGGCAAGAGCUUUAGACAGAGCAUCCAUCUCACUUCCCACCAAAGAAUUCAUACAGGGGAGAAACCAUAUCUGUGCUUGGAAUGUGGGAAGAGCUUCCGUCACAGUGCCAACCUCACUUCCCACCAAAGAAUUCACACAGGGGAGAAACCCUAUCAAUGCUUGGAAUGUGGAAAGAACUUCAGUCAGAGGGCCAGUCUCAUUUCCCAUCAAAUAAUUCAUACAGGGGAUAAACCAUAUCAGUGCCUCGAAUGUGGCAAAAACUUCAGUUGGAAAAAAAGUCUCACAUAUCAUCAAAGAAUUCAUAGAGGGGAAAAACCCUUUCAGUGCUUGGAAUGUGGAAAGAGCUUCAGAUGGAGCGCCCAUCUCACUUCCCAUCAAAGAAUUCAUACAGGGGAGAAACCAUAGAAGCAUAAAAUUGUAGAGUUGAAAGGGGCACUGAGGGGCAUCUAGCUGAACCCUGUGCAGUGCAGGAAUCUUAGCUAAAGCAUCCAUGACAGAUGACUAUCCAACCUCUGCUUAAAACCUCCAAUGAAGCAAAGUCCCACCAUCUUCUGAUGGAGUCCAUCCCACGGUUGAACAGCUCGUACCACCAGAAAGUUCUGCCUGAUGUUUGAAUUUCCUUUCUUUCUCUGUGCCUCUUGAAUACAGUGGGAAGGUGGUGCCAGGAUGGUGCCAGAGCACCUCUCUGAGAAGGCGGCGGCGGCAGAACAUUGGGAGACAAACUAGACCUCUGCAUAGGGCAUUCUGAAGCAUUCAAAGCUAUUCAUAAAGACAUUCUUACAGUAUCCCUAUAAGGUGGACCAGCAGCAUUUCUCCAGUAUUGCAGGAAGUUGAGAGAAGGGAUGGAGAGUGGAGAUGGGUUCGAAUCAGAGACUCUGUUCUCUGCAAGUUGCACACACAAAAUCCACUCUGAAUUGUGUUGCUUAUUGACAUCUGUAUUGGACACACACACAGCCGGCACUGGCUGAACCAGUUUUAGGGUUUCAUAAUUAUUGCUUUCUUAAAUUGUGAUUUCAAAGUGGGGGUGUUUUGGAAGGGGCAUUGAGCUAUGUAUGCUGCCUUGAGCUGGAAAGGUGGCUGUGACUUUGCUCUAAGUCUGGAGCAGAGGAAAGGGAGUUGCCAUGAAGAAUGGGCAGGCAGACCUCUCCCAGGUCCCAAGUCUGUAGCCCUGAAUAUCCUGGGCUUGUCCAGGUUCUUUUUUGCUUGGUUUUUAGGGAGGGCUUUUCAUGAGUCCAUUCUUGGCCACACACACACACUUCAGAAUCAGGGAUGUGGGCUGGAGACACAUUUCUUAUAUUUUUGUGGUUCUUUAGCUGCAUUGCAGUUAUACCUAUUCCACUUCUCCUGCAAGUUGCUCAAAGAGGUAUUCAUGGGUCUCCUUUUACCAGUGUUGAUCUCAAGCCUUGGGUGUCAUGGACCAGUCCUGUGGAACCCCCUGCCACUAGAGAUUCAGGGGGCGCCUUCUGUGCCAGCUUUUAAACACCUGCAGGCCAUUAAGAGAGCAUCCCUCACAAGAGUCUAUUGAUGCUUGUGUUUUAGAUAUUUCCUUUUGCUUUUAACCUGUUGUUAAGUUUUAAUGAUGUUUUUGUUUGGUUUUAUGUUUUUAUAUUGCUGUAAACCACUGGCAUAUUUUUCUGAUGCAGCUGUCCAUAAAUAUUAACAUACAAACAAGCAAUCCUGUGAGAUACUUUAGGCUGAGAGACAGGGACUUUCUGCUCCAAGGUCGCACACUGAGCUUUGUGGCUGAGUGGUGACACACUCUUUCCCCCCCUCCCAGCUCCCUCUCUGCUUAAUAUGACCCAUAAUCACAAAAUCUUUAAAAUAAAUGCAUCAAUACAAAUGAUGGUUUAUGCCACAAAA